AAGAAGAAGAAGCAAAAAUCGAAGAAGAAGAAACAAAAAAAGAACAAGUCGAAGCAAAAACAGUGGACGAGUACAACUUAUAUUUGUUACAUUUGAAAGUGUCUCCACUCCCAGGACAACAGUUUGCUUCAUUAAUCUUCGUGUGUUUCAACCAUGGAGAAGACGUUCAGCCGGUGGAAGAAACAGUGUCUGAACAAGCUGGACCAGAGCAAGAAAGGCAGUGUGGAUGAAGAUGUUCAACCUCUUGUGUCUCUGCUCAGCAGCUGUGAGGAGUUCUUCACCACCAGCUCCUGCUCCGGAAGGAUCAUCCUCAUCGACGGGGCUCCAGACAGCUGUGAAGUCCAAAAACAAAACUGCGUCUGGCUGUUCGUCUCUCACCACAAGUGCACCUUCGAAGAUCUGAUGUCUGGCCUGAGCAGGUCCAGCGGGGACGCGGUGUUGAAGUUUGAGCCCGCUGUGCUUCACGUUCAGUGCCGGAGGCUGGAAGACGCUCAGCUGCUGCACUCGGUGGCCAUCAACUCAGGCUUUAAGAACUCUGGACUCACUGUUGGCAAGACUGGAAAGAUCAUCUCGGCUGUCCGGAGCACCCAUGGUCUGGAGGUUCCUCUGAGCCACUAUGGAAAGGUUCUCGUUGAUCCCGACUACAUCCACUUUUUGACACAAGUAGCCAAUCAGAAGAUGGAUGAGAACCUCAGGAAAAUACACAGGUUCUAUCAGAACCUCCAGUCAGCCUUGUCAGCGGCGAGACCUUCCCCCUCAGACUGGUCCAGCUCACAAGAAAUACAAAAGCCCCAACACGUAAGGACGGAGGAGGAAGAGGGGGAAAAGGAGGAGAGGAACAAAGCAGAUGUGUAUCAACGGAGGAAGAGGAGACGGCGUGAACGUGACGGUUACCAUGGUGACAGUAACAGCAGUCCCCCCAUCAACUUGUGACUCUGCACACAUCGUGGACUUAAAUUAGGAGUUAACAAAAAACUGAGCGCAGACUGUUCAGUUUCUCGGUGAAGAAGGAGAGACAGAGAAAAUCUCCACGGCAACUAAUUCCACUUUGCAUUUUCAAGGACAUUUUCCAAACUUGUCGUCGAGCUACCUGCUGAGC